CAACAACCCAAAUUGCAUUUCUUCGCUAGCCCUGCGCAUGUGGUGAUGGCCGACGAGAGAAUCAAGCUUGCACCCAGACUUCCAUUGGAUGGUAUGGACUCUCUUCCGCAUGCUCUUCACCCUGAUAUUCAUUAUGAGUUGCUUUCGAAGCGGGGCUUGGCCAUAGCAGAAGGUUCAUUCGCAACUCCGUGCAGCCGACUCCUAGAUCUCAAGGUUGACUGGGAAUCACAAGAUGGAGAGAGCUCGGCAGCACCUACAGAGACCGUCCAAUCGUGGAUGAACGAAGUUGUCGAAGCCAUUUCCGAGAGAUCUAUCCCCUUUGUCCUGAAGCUUCAGCAAACAAUCUUUGGCAAGGGAACAUAUAUCGUAAAGUCCGAAGAAGCUAGAUCCACCCUUCUUUCCGAGCUCAAGGGUCUUAUGGACUUCAAUGCCGGUCGAACCACCAAGUCCAAUCAUCAUCUGAUGCCGGCCACUUUUGUCUUGACCGAUUUCGUCGACUGUCCGGAGGGUGGUAGCCCAAGCUUUGCUAUCACCUUCUUCGUUAGACGUGAUGGAUCACACACCUUCAUCAACUGCUGCGAGCAAACACUGAGCGUCCAUUAUACUUGGGAUGGCUCUUUUAUCUCCUUCGCCGAGCAGGACCGUCUCUCGAAGCAUUUUUCUCAGACUAUUACCGAAGUAUCUGGCUAUCUUCAUGGCAAGGGAUACUACGGUUGUGUGGGUAUCGACGUAUUGGAGGACAGACACGGCAAGCAAUGGGUGGUUGAUCUGAACGUUCGUCCUCCAGGAUCCCUUAUUCUUGGUCUGGUGAAGGGUUUUCUUUACAAAGACAGAGGCUUCAAUGAAGCUUCUCUUUUGUCAGCCAUGAGAAUCUCUACUCCUAAGGAGGUGUUCAUCAACAAGUUCUCCACGGAGUUCGCGGAGGGUCGUGUGAUCAUGACUGCUUGGUAUUGUGAUCUUGAUCACAACGUCAAUUGGACGAGUCUUAUUGUGGGUGGUGAGACUAAGGAGGCGGUCAAAGGGGUCAUUGCGCGGUUG